CCGCCCGUGUUUGCUGUGCUGAGGCCGAGAAAACCGCCAUUUUGGAUGGUGAACCCUGAAGUCGGUGUCUGCUGUGUUCAGGGCAGGAUUCGGUUAGGAGGAACAGCACAGCAUGCUGGGCUCUGGAUUUAAAGCUGAGCGCUUAAGAGUGAAUUUGAGAUUAGUCAUAAAUCGCCUUAAACUAUUGGAGAAAAAGAAAACGGAACUGGCCCAGAAAGCAAGGAAGGAGAUUGCUGACUAUCUGGCUGCUGGGAAAGAUGAACGAGCUCGGAUCCGUGUGGAGCACAUUAUCCGGGAAGACUACCUCGUGGAGGCCAUGGAGAUCCUGGAGCUGUACUGUGACCUGCUGCUGGCUCGGUUUGGCCUUAUCCAGUCUAUGAAGGAACUAGAUUCUGGUCUGGCUGAAUCUGUGUCUACAUUGAUCUGGGCUGCUCCUCGACUCCAGUCAGAAGUGGCUGAGUUGAAAAUAGUUGCUGAUCAGCUCUGUGCCAAGUAUAGCAAGGAAUAUGGCAAGCUAUGUAGGACCAACCAGAUUGGAACUGUGAAUGACAGGCUAAUGCACAAGCUGAGUGUGGAAGCCCCACCCAAAAUCCUGGUGGAGAGAUACCUGAUUGAAAUUGCGAAGAAUUACAAUGUACCCUAUGAACCUGACUCUGUGGUCAUGGCAGAAGCUCCUCCUGGGGUAGAGACAGAUCUUAUUGAUGUUGGAUUCACAGACGAUGUGAAGAAAGGAGGCCCUGGAAGAGGAGGGGGUGGUGGCUUCACAGCACCAGUUGGUGGACCUGGUGGAAUGGUGCCAAUGCCCAUGCCCAUGCCUAUGCCAUCUGCAAAUACACCUUUCUCAUAUCCACUGCCAAAGGGACCAUCAGAUUUCAAUGGACUGCCAGUGGGGACUUAUCAGGCCUUUCCCAAUAUUCAUCCACCUCAGAUACCAGCAACUCCCCCAUCGUAUGAAUCUGUAGAUGACAUUAAUGCUGAUACCUCUUCUGCACAGAUUGUUGGUCCUGGACCCAAGCCAGAAGCCUCUGCAAAGCUUCCUUCCAGACCUGCGGAUAACCAUGACAACUUUGUCCUACCAGAGUUGCCAUCUGUGCCAGACACACUACCAACUGCAUCUGCUGGUGCCAGCACCUCAGCAUCUGAAGACAUUGACUUCGAUGAUCUUUCCCGAAGGUUUGAAGAGCUGAAAAAGAAAACAUAGGUCUCUUAAACCAGGCAACUUUCACGUUCUGGGAGUUGAGACUGAGCAAUUUCUCCUUGUAACAAAGAAUCUCCAUGAAAUUCCGUUUCAUCUGUUAACCGUCACUCAGCACAACACUCCUCCUCUGGGCUCUCUUCCUGCUUCUCCAGAUUCUGCUGCUUUCCAGUUCUCUGUUGAUCCUGAGACUAACAACUGGAGAUUGAGGCCGGAGCAACAGGCUCCUGGCAGCUGUGCUUGUCCGUUUCCUGUCAGAGUGAUCCCAUGGUCCCUCCACGGGAGUGCGAGGAUGGGGAAGCACUGGGGAGACCACCAAAGAUGGCUAGACAGUGGGAGAGAGCACGUUGUGAAGCAUCCUAGCCUCGUGUUGAGGUUCCAGACUUAGAAACAAACCCCUCUGUCCAGGGGGAUUGUGGUGAGUGAGAAGGCCACAGUGUGUUUUCUCACUCUCGAAUGCAAGUGGGAGAGAGAAAAUGACUCAGGACACCAUUGUAACGGUUCCUGGAAGCUGGGCCCUCUCAUUGACAUAUACACUACUCCUCGCUGCAGGGCACUGUCACACCGGGAUCCAGUUGCAAAGUUUGUCUCAACAGUUGAAGGCCUCAUUUAGUUGUACUGGAUUCUCAGGGAGCCCUCUGUGGCCUUUUGCUUUGAGUGCUGUUUCCCUUAUACCAGAGGGUAGCACCGUGGAAAUUCUGUUUUCCCUGUAGCAUAUUGUGUUGGAUUGCAUUACUGGCAGAGAAAGGACAAGUUGCCAUUCAAGUCUAGGGUGGGCUUCCAGCUGCCUUAAUAGAAGUACUCAAGUCUUUUGGGUAGUGAGCUGGAAAGCCUACAGGAAAAGAGGGGUACCUGUUUUCAUUUGAAAACUUUGAUUCAUGGAACCUUUCAAACUAAUCUCAGAUAAAUUUUUGGUGCCCAUGUGGCUGUAGUUGUUCACUGCUUUCCUGGAUGGAUGGGACUCUUGUGUCGUAACUUCUGUUACUCCUUUGGCCCAUAGCUAAGGUCAUCCUUCCCCACAGGGGUGGCUUUGGGAUUGGAUGAUACAGCUUUUGCUUCUGUGUAGUAUACCUGUACAUACUUGUUUCAGGCAGUGUUUCUUUAAUGUUUUCAGUUGGUUUGUAUUCUGUAGCUCAGUAGCUGCUAAUAAAGUUAAAGAUCCUGUGUC